AUGCAACCAUUGGCACAAAAGAAACUGGACUUUGAAAAGUUAUGUGCGGCUGGGGUCAGCGUUUACCAACUGGGGGCUCUUGAAGAAUGGGAACAGAUUGCAACUUCAGCAUUUGAGAACUUCGAGCAAGAAGGGCAUAGAAUCAUAUCCGUCCAAGAACUAGCCGGGGAGAUGACUCUGGCACCAAAUGCAUAUCCUCUGCUCAAGGAUUGGAUCUGGAGUUUGGAUGGAAAGCUUAGUUUCUUGGGCUACGCUAAGUUCUUGCAUGGUGUGAUCGUACGAAGCUCGAGCUCAAGACCUAGGUGA